AAUCUCUUGCAAGUUCUGGAUACAAGAAAAUUUGAAGCAAUUCAGCUUACUUUCAAACAGGUGUCGAAAAAUUUCGCCGAAGUAUUCCAAAAACUGGUGCCAAAUGGAAGCGGAUCACUGGUGAUACAGACUAAAAAUAAAGAUGACACCUUUGAUGCAUCCCAGCCCGACCAGGACCUUCAUUUGGUGGAGAAUUUUGUGGGAGUUGGAAUCAAGGUGUCAUUCAAUGGAUCCUCUGAAACUAGAGAGAUGGAGCAGCUUUCUGGAGGGCAAAAAUCUUUGGUUGCUCUUGCGCUAAUCUUCGCCAUCCAAAAAUGUGAUCCAGCACCCUUUUACCUUUUCGACGAAAUUGAUGCAGCUCUAGAUGCACAACAUAGAAAGGCAGUUGCUGACAUGAUCCAUGAACUUGCGGAAAAUGCGCAGUUUAUCACGACUACUUUCCGACCGGAGUUGCUUGAGUCAGCAGAGAAGUAUUACGGUGUGAAGUUUAGAAAUAAGGUUUCACAUAUUGACGUUGUCACUAAGGAACAAGCAUACGACUUUGUGGAAGAUGACACCACGCAUGGAUAG